AUGACUACUUUUCUGAGGUCAAAGAUUCUCUGUCUAAACUGGUUUCCAACCUUUGUACCAGAAAUCUUUAACUACACUCUCUUUCACACUUUUUAUUCUUCCUCUUCCUUUUCCUUUCUUUCUCAACUCAUUUUCUUCUCUGCACAUUAACAUACAACAACGCACCACCAUCAAACCACCUUAGGUGAUAAUAUGCUAAGCGAUUGUAAUUCUCAUUGUCAAAGUGUAGUGAUGAGAAUGGAGAAGCCAACAAUCCAUGGUGAAGCAUCAGAUUGCAAGCCACUAACCACCUUUGUUCAGACAAACUCAGAUGCAUUCAGGGAAGUGGUACAACGUUUGACAGGCCCCCCAGAAGCAAGUGCAGGUAAAGUAGGAGAGUCUGCAAAGGUUUCGACCAUGAAAAGGACAACCUCAAAACUCCAUGAAAGAAGGAAAUCCAUGAAGCCAAAACUGGAGAUUGUGAAACCCGUUUUGCAUUUGAAAACAGGUGCAUGUUCUUCACCCUCCAAGUCAAGAAGUUCUAGCUUUCCUCCAAGUCCUGGAUCAGGAAGUUCAAGCCUUCUUCAAAGCCCGACCACCCCUUCAACCUUGUUGUCCCAUUUGACCAUUAUGGAAAGUGAAAAGAAAGAAGAGUCAAUGAUGGCUGAAUUGAACACAGAAGAAGAAGAGAAAGCCAUCAAAGAAAGGAGAUUUUAUUUGCAUCCAUCACCACGUUCAAAACCAGGUUACAGUGAUCCAGAAUUGCUUAUUUUGUUUCCUCUGGCCUCUGCUAAAGCAAGUGAGAAACUAGAAUUUUGACCAUUUUCACAUGCUACUCUGUUAUGUUCACCAUCAUUAUCAGAUACAAAUAUUUAAUUCAUAUGAUUUUUAAUCAAAGUUAUGCUUU